AGUAGAUCAAGUAGAUCCAGCACGUUCAGUAUUUCAUUAAAUCAUAAACUGUUUAGCUUUAAACCUAACAAAAGUGAAAAGUAGCCGAUGAUCAGUAAUGGUACUAUAGCCAUGGUUUAAAUCACUGCCAUGUGUUAAAAAAAACUAAGAAAAAAAACCUGAGUAGUCACUUCCGGGUUAAGAUUAAGAGCAAUUGUGGACAACGUUGCUAGAAUAACCAGUUAGACAGUCUUUUUUGGGAAAUGGAGCUAAGCGAAACAAUUUAUCACCUGCUUAUUAACGCAGGAAUGUCCUUAAUAGGGUUUUUAAUUUGUCUGAAUAUAAUACCUAAAUUUAGCGAGAUGUUUAUGCGUGCAAAUCUCUCGGGAAUGGAUCUGAGCAAAAAGUCCAAAAUAAGAAUCCCUGAGGCAAUGGGUGUAAUAUGUGGAGCUGUGUUCCUGGUGAUCAUGUUCCUCUUUAUCCCAGUACCUUUCUACAAGCACCUGGCUGAUCCAACUAAUGCAAAGUUUCCACAUCAUGAGUAUAUAGAGUAUAUAGCAGCGUUGCUGUCCAUUUGCUGUAUGAUAUUUCUUGGUUUUGCUGAUGAUGUCCUUGCACUCAAGUGGAGACACAAGCUCUGGCUCCCCACAAUGGCUUCUCUUCCACUCCUUAUGGUCUAUUUUGUCAAUUUUAAUUCCACCAUCAUCAUCGUGCCAAAGCCAUUUAGAGCACUGUUUGGAUUUGAUGUAAACCUAGGUUUGUUUUAUUAUUUGUACAUGGGGAUGUUGGCUGUGUUCUGUACAAAUGCUAUCAACAUUUUCUCUGGGGUGAAUGGCCUGGAGACUGGACAAAGCUUCAUCAUUGCUGUCUCGGUUCUCAUCUUUAACUUCCUUGAGCUAUUAGGGGACUGCAGGGCGGCUCAUGUGUUUAGUGCCUACUUCAUGCUACCAUAUACAGCAGUUUGUGCUGCACUUCUUUACCAUAACUGGUACCCUUCCCGUGUGUUUGUUGGUGACACUUUCUGCUACUUCUCUGGGAUGACGUUUGCUGUUGUGGCAAUCCUGGGCCACUUUAGCAAGACCAUGCUUCUAUUUUUCCUGCCGCAGGUUGCAAACUUUGUAUACAGUCUACCUCAGUUGUUCCGUUUCAUACACUGUCCUCGACAUAGACUACCCCAGUAUGAUCCAAAGAACGACAAAGUGGGGAUGAGUUUUACCAGAUUUAAGACAUCAGAACUGAAACCUUUAGGUUACUUGUGUUUAAGAGUGUUUAAUUUGUUUGGAGUGGUCCACAUACGAGAAAGGGUAGGAGAAGAUGGAGCUUAUACAGAGUGCAAUAAUCUGACUUUGAUUUGUUUGGUGCUAAAAUUCCUUGGUCCUCUACAUGAGAGAACGCUGGUCAUAGUUUUGCUGUCACUUCAGGUGAUGUGCAGUUGUGUUGCUUUUGGAAUCCGAUAUCAGCUGGCAAAAAUGUUCUACGAUGUAUAGCAUCUAGAUUCCAAUUUUAUUAUGCACCCCUUCGAAGAAGAGGGGUAUAUUGCUUUGCACAGGCAUGUCGGUCGGUCCGUCCGUCCGUCGGUAGACCAAAGCUUGUCCGAGUGAAAACUCAACAAUUCCUGGACGUAUGGUCAUCAAACUUGACAUGAAGGUUGGGCAUGACCAGUAGAUGACCCCUAUUGAUUUUAGGGCUCAUCGGGUCAAAGGUCAAGCUCACAGUGACCUUUAAUGGUAAAAUAAUUUUAAAGCUUGUCCGAGUGAUAACUCAACAAUGCCUAGACCUAUGGUCAUCAAACUUGAUAUGGAAGUUGGGCCUGACGAUUAGAUGACCCCUAUUGUUUUUGGGGGUCAUCGGGCCAAAGGUCAAGGUCACAGUGACCUUGAAUGGUAAAAGGCUGUCCGAGUGAUAACUCGACAAUGCCAGCACCCUUGGCCCUCAUUCUUGACUUGGAGGUUGGGCCUGACCAGUAGCUGACCCCUAUUGUUUUUGGUGCUCAUCGGGUCAAAGAUCAAGGUCAUUGUGACAUUGAAUUGUAAAAGGUUGUCCGAGUGAUAACUCAACAAUACCUGCACCCAUGGCCCUCAUAAUUGACUUGGAGGUUGGGCCUGACCAGUAGAUGAACCCUAUUGUUUUUGGGGGUCAUCGGGCCAAAGGUCAAGGUCACAGUGACCUUGAAUGGUAAAAGGUUGUCCAUGUGAUAACUCGACAAUGCCUACACCCAUGGCCCUCAAACUUGACUUGGAGGUUGGGCCUGACCAGUAGAUGACCCCUAUUGUUUUUGGGGGUCAUCGGGCAAAAGGUCAAGGUCACAGUGACCUUGAAUGGUAAAAGGUUGUCCGCGUCAAUACUCGACAAUGCCUGCACCUAUGGCCCUCAAACUUGACUUGGAGGUUGGGCCUGACCAGUAGAUGACCCCUAUUGUUUUUGGGGGUCAUCGGCCAAAGGUAAAGGUCACAGUGACCUUGAAUGGUAAAAGGUUGUCCGAGUACUAACUCGACAAUGCCUGCACCCACGGCCAUCAAACUUGAAUUGGAGGUUGGGCCUGACCAGUAGAUGGCCCCUAUUGAUUUUAGGGGUCAUUGGGCCAAAGGUCAAGGUAAAAGUGACUUUGAACGAUAAAAGGUUGCCCGAGUGAUAACUCAACAAUGCCUGCGCCCAUGGCCCUCAAACUUGACUUGGAGGUUGGGCUAGACCAGUAGAUGACCCCUAUUGAUUUAAAGGGUCAGAGGUCAAGGUCACAGUGACCUUGAAAGCAAACUCGUCAAUUCCUGGACCUAUGGCCAUCAAACUUGACAUGAAGGUUGGGCCUGACAAGUAGAUGACCCCUCUUGACUUUGGGGGUCAUCAGGCCAAGUCACAGUAACCUUUAACGCAAAAAAAGUUAACAAAUCUUCUCCCAGUGAUAUCUCAACAAUGCAUGAAUCUAUGAUCAUCAAACUUGACAUGUAAGUUGGGCCUGACCAGGAGAUGACCCUUAUUGAUUUUAGGAGUCAUUGGGUCAAAGUUCAGAUUCACAGUGACCUUGAAUGCGAAAAUGUUUCAAGUGAUAAUUGGACAAUGCCUGCACCCAUGGCCCUCAAACUUGAUUUGGAGUUGUGUCUGACCUGUAGAUGACCCCUUAUGAUUUGUGGUGUCAUUGGAUCAAAGGUCAAGGUUACAGUGACCUUGAACGAAAAAUGCUUGUCUGUGUGAUAACUUGUCAAUGCCUGCACCCAUGGCCCUCAAACUUAACAUUUAGAUUUUUGGUGACCAGCUGAUGACCACUAUGGAUUUUGAGGUCAUAGAGUCAAAGGUCAUGGUCAUAACACACUCUAUCCUCAAACUUUGAAUGGUCAUAAUCUUAAAACUGCCUCAACGGCAUACAAUGUUAGCGACAAAUCAGCUGUCAUUUCGGUCCAUGCAUAUUUCAUUCAAUUGUCCAUAUAAUCCUGACAACAUGGCGCUCAGGGGGGGGCAUAAUGUUUGACAAACAUCUCUUGUUUCUUUAUUAUCCCCCACUUAAUGGUUUUGGUAGAGGGAUAUAUAAUUUGCAUUGUCUGUCUUGAGCCUUACUAAUACUAUGUAACUACUAGAAAGAUACAUAUAUCAAGCGUGUACAACCUUUAUGCACUAGGCUGGAAAUGGAAUAGGGAAAGCAAAUAAGUUAUCAAAAAUUCCUACUGAAAAUAUAUAUAUUUGUACGAUGCUUUCAAGGAAAGCUUGAUAGAAAAACUCUACCAAGGUAUUAAGGCUGUGUCAUAGUUUUUGCGUUGUUUUGAGCCAUUUCUUUGUAACUACUGGACAGAUAUUAAUGAAACUAUCAAGUAUGUAUAAUCAUAUUGUGCUGAUGCACACGGAAGAUGCAUCUAAUAGUGUCGGCAGCACAAGAGUUAUUGCCCUCUAUUUAAAUAAUAAAGCUAUAAUUUGUCUUUUUGGGGCCAUAACUAAGUAACUACGGAACAGAACUAUAAUGAGAAAGUACACCAGCAAGUUGCAUCUGGAUGGGGUCAGUAGCACAAAGAGUUAUUGCCCUUUUCUUGAUGUAAAAUCUAAAAUUAGUCCAGGGGCCGUAUUCAUAAAGCAUCUUAAGUCAUUUGAUUUUGUAACUUAAGUUGAUUUCUUAAAUUUUUCAUCGUCAUGUCAAAAUAAAAGAAAUGUAUAAAUGUUUUUAACAUUUAAUUGUUUAUUUCAAUAAGGUCAAUGAAAAUAAAACAAUUUGGAAUUUUUAUUUUUUCAUUUUAUAUGACUAAAGAGAUACUAAAAUAAGGAAAGUGACUUAUGUGAGGAAAUCACUUAAGAGGUUUUAUAAAUACCAGCCCUACUUUGCUAUGUAGUUUACUGGACAGAAAUUAAUGAAACUUUUGUAAAGUUUGCCAUUGCCCUUAAAUUAUUGAAGAAUCUAAUAUGUGUCUGUCUCAACCUUUUAUGUAACUACUUGAAAUAAAUUAAUAAAACUGU